AAAAUCCGUCAUUUCUCGGAUACUUCUUAGAGUUCUAGAAAAUAUAUAACGUGUGUGGGUGGCGAGUAAUUGAAGGGCCAAGGGUUAAUUCCAGUUAACUAACUGAGCUCGACCUAUCCAAUUCCUCAAUUUCGUCAGUUCCUCAUGGAUCGGCGAACAGAAAAGUAGAUUGGUCGUUUAAAAGUAGCAUCGUCUAAAAUUGCGCUCAAAGUGGAAAAUAGGGAAUCCCUCUACGACGUUCCAAAAAGGGUGGAGGUCAAGAUGUCCAGCGAAGUAGAGCCUGGCAAGGACCCCGAAGAUACUAAAGUGGACCAUAAACGGACCUUCAAGCAGAAAAUCAACGACUAUUGGCAGAUCGGACUCAAAGUGUUGGAAUUGUUAGUCUGUGCAACGUGUAUGGCACUCAUCUACGAUCCUGCACAAGGAACAAGAAUUGGAAAGUCACAUCUAGAAGUGUUAGCCGUCAUGUAUACAACCUACUCGGGAUUCCUCAUUAUAAAUCUCAUGUUUUUACUGGGUAGAUCAAUGAAGGAGAUAAUUUCCUAUAAAACGAACGUAAUUUUUUCUGCAGCAGGUUCUGUCAUGUUCGUUUUUACAGCAAUCAUGUUGUUGAAAGCCAAGGCUGACCUGCAACCUCAUCAUUUUUUCCAUCCGAAUACCCAUCAUUUAGUGAUGCUUGUAACCACAGUCAUUUUCAGUUUUAUUAACGCUACUAUUUUUGCGAUCGAUGUGUUUUUACAUUUGAAGUAUAAAAAGGAUUUCAUGAAGAAUGCUUGAGAGAUUUUGUGCUGUUUUUGUAUGUUCAUAUAUAAAUAUCGUGAGGCUUUAUUUUUAUUUUAUGUUUAUUGUUGCUAGUUUAUUGCUAAGGUAUUGUAUAUUGUAUCUUUGUUUUAUCGAACUCCGUCCAUUAGUUUAGUUUUUUCUUAUUGUAUUUUUUGUAAGAUAAUAGGCCAAUAAACAUUUAAUCCAG